UUUUUUCUACAAUAAUUUCAAAUGUUUAUGAAAAAAAUAUGCAAAGAUAUAAUUUUUUCGAUAAUUCUAGGAUGGACGUUUGUUUCGUCUGAAAAAAAUUAUUGCUAUCUAGUUUCAAAGCCUAUUCACUUUUGAUAUUCCAAGCUUUCACUGUAAAGGAGCCUAUUCAUAGAUAUAAUAGCGCGAAAUCUAAUUUGGUGAACUAUGUCCCGCUUCGGUCUUAUUUACGGAUCGAGUGUUGUUUACGGGGCAUCCAAUUGAUAUUUUCUUCAUAGUACUUUUUUUUGCUGCGAGUGCUCUACCUGUGCGGUUUUUAGCCAUCAUAUUGUUUGAGAUACGAUCUGUUUCAUUGCGAAGGCCACAUAACGGGCUAGGUAGGAAUAACCGGCCAGAGGAUGGGUCUGCUCACGAGGCUAGGCAUAUUAUGUUUGCGGACGAAACAGAUUCCACGGCUGAAUUCACGAGGACUUCUGGAAGAACCGCGUAAUUCUCGGGCGACUUUUAUUUACGCCAGGUCGACAUGGGCAACGCGCACGAAUGAUAAUGUUAACAUUUCAAACCAGACAACCCCAAAGGCGCAAGACAUAAAAACAGUGUCACUGGAGCGUUUCGUCUCUGUAUCACCGUCAUGGUUACAGCCCUAUCUACGAUUAAUGAGAAUCGAGCGCCCAGUUGGCACAUGGCUGACGUUGCUGCCUAGCUUGUGGGCCCUGACCACCGCGGCCCCAGCUGGUUCCCUGCCUGAUCCCCGAUUAGCGGCAUUAUUUUGUACGGGCGCUCUUUUAAUGCGUGGUUUCGGCUGUACCAUCAAUGAUAUGUGGGAUCGCGAUAUCGAUCGCCAGGUCGAACGAACGCGCCAACGACCUCUAGCUGCGGGUCGUUUGUCGCGCUGGGACGCUCUUUGGUUUGCCGGUGGCCAAGCAGGCCUAGCGUGCCUUGUAUUGUUGCAUUUUAAUUGGAACACAGUAAUGCUGGGUCUAGCCUCCGUAGGACUUGUGGUCAUCUACCCUGUUAUGAAGCGAUUUACGUAUUGGCCACAAGCUAUCCUUGCCGUAGUAUUUAAUUGGGGAGCACUGCUCGGGUUCUCCGCAGUUCAGGGUGCAGACAUGAGUUGGACUACAGCGUUACCUAUGUACGCAGGCGCGUUCUCUUGGACACUCAUCUAUGAUACAAUUUAUGCACACCAGGAUAAGAGAGACGAUCUACUCGUAGGGAUGAAGUCCACGGCACUGCGAUUCGGUGCACGUACCCCUCUCUGGCUAGGUGCCUUUAGCACUUCAAUGACAACUGGACUCAUUGUAGCCGGCAUCACUGAAAACAUGGGCUGGCCGUAUUAUGCAGCUAUAGCGGCUUCGUCAGCUCUUCUUACUAAGCAAGUAGCAACACUGAAAAUCGAUGAUCCUGCUGAUUGCGCUAAGAAAUUUGUGGCCCAUCGAAAUAUUGGACUUUUAGUACUUUUGGGCUGCAUAGGAGGCAGUCUGCUUAAGAGCGUCUAACGAUAGCGUUCUGUCUGACGUCUGUUAAGACAACGAAUACCCAAAGAGCAUUUAUUGGGAUUAUUAUUGUUAUAAUUAUGCUUACCUGUUAUAUUAUAACUAUGUUGUGACUUUUACCCUCACGGUUGAAAACGACGGAGCUCGUGGCUGUUUUUGCUCUAACAACCCCGAUUCGUUUAUUAGGAGCGACAAAGAUGCAUUGAAAGGGUCAGUCUACAAUGCGAAAUGUAUUGUAGACUCACUGCUUUCGUUCGUUUCUUGACCGAAACUGUUGUUUCUGCUACUGUCCAGCUAAGGAUAAUCUAUUACGAGCGAUAGAUCAUUUUGAAACGGCGAUUUUCUGUUAAACACGCGUGCUGCUAACUAUGAAAAAGCAAAUAUCCGUAAGGAGCGAUUGAGACUGUUCCAGCCUUCUCUGUGCUUACAAUGACAAGAGGCACAAUGUGACACGUGUGAUAAAGUGAGCCCCUCUAGUCAUAGAAUCACUCCGCGAAUGAGAACAUUCCAAGGACGGGUAUCACUAUGAGUUUUAUUAAUGUAUUUAUAAUAACUGACUGGCACGAAAAGUAAUAGAUAUUUAACGAGCAUGAAAUGCCCUCGAUUAGACAUAGCAGUUAAAACAACUUAAACGGCUUCACAAAGGCCUUUGAGGAAUCAAUGAAGGUGUUUUAAACACGGAUGUGAUAAUAGCUGCGCUCAUAUAAAGAUUUAGUGGAUAAGUCGUAAGCUUUUGUAAUAACUAUAUUUAUACAAACACAGUAAUAGAAGCACCCAGUACAUCAGUAGUUCCUCUGAAAGUUAAAUAGAGUCUUUUUACACUGACCGGCACUUCAAUAUGCGGAACAGACAACGAAUAUAGCAGUUGGUUGACAGUGUAACUGUGCUCACCAACUAUCUACUUUUAAGUUAGCGUUAACCUGAAUAAAUGAAAUCCUGAAACUUUUUUUCAAAAGUACCAUGAAUUAGUAAAAUGUUAAUGAAGCCAUUAGAUCAAAAGCAGAUGAUUAAGGUAGGUAAGUUUAUCCUUUUAAUUUGUUAAAUGUCAUAUUAACUUUUGUUUGCAGUAACAUAUUGAUCACUUACUUAAUAUGCUGAACGGUACAUUUAUUUCAAGUAGGUCAAGUUUUCUUUAGGUUGGCGUUUCUGUUUACAACUUCCAUAAUGGUCUCAGUGAUAUCCUCGAUAUCAUUUUGCAUCUUAUAACCGUGAGAUUCAUAGGUGGUAUAUUAUUUUUAAGAAUUUUGUUUAUGAUCUUAAUUAGCGCAUCGUCAAGGUAAGGCUAAAUAGGCCUGCCAUCAGCCGUAUGAUUAGCUUUAUAUAUCUAGUGAGAUAUCUGGUUAUAAUUAACAGGCAUAUUAUUUUUGACCAUUACAGCAAGUAAAGCGGCAAAGCAUUGGUCCGUGCCGUUCUUGCUUACGUAUUUCUCUUGUUUUAUAUUUUAGAAGCAUAUUUUCAAGUAACUUGUUACUUGAAACCGUAUGCUACCGCAUUUAUUAGGGACCAACAUCUUACACUACAAUUAGCAAAUGGAUGAGGUGGAGAAAACGUUGCUUUUUGAAACCCGUUAGUGCGCUCAAUUGCGGACUUGAUUUAAAACAAUUAUUAUAGACAGUAAAUAAAGUUUGCAAGCUCUCUUUUUACCACUGACAAAAUAAGAACUUGUUUAUAUAGAAAAUAUCGCACACAUCGGUUCGAGACUAGUUGUUCGUAUCAGAAUGCGUGCGAGACUGCGUUAGCGGCUACCA